AUGUCCGUCAUGCGCCAUGGAGGAAGCGGUUUCCUCCAGCGCCGCCUUACGAAGCUAUAUACCGAUACGAAGACCUCAUGUGAAAGUGUGACGACGGCCUCCAAGGCUCUAGAUGACCCGGAGCUGGUCGCGCUACACCAGAGCUUCCAGAAACAGCGGGACCGGUUGCUGUCGUGGGGUCUAGACUGGAGCGAUGCGAGCGCCGCCCAGCCGAACGAUAUCGACGAGUCCUUGACUGCGGCCGGUUUCAGCGAUGUGGUGGAGAGUGUCAUGUCCACGAUACAAGACCUGCUUAAUGAUGCUGAGCGUGUUCAGCAUAUUGAUACGCCGAUGCCCUCGAAGGAGCGCAAGGUCGAUACGAAGGAUACUCUAGGAAGUCGGCCUCUCAAGACACAAUGGACGGAUGAUGAUAUUAGUCGUUCGAAGACUAUAUUGAGUGACUUGACGGCAUGUAUCGAUACGCUCUAUGACCUGUCCACUUCGCGCCGGACAAUGGCCUCUAGCAUGUCAUCGAGCAAGCAUAGUAUGGCCGGCCGCCGAUCGAAAACCCACCCUCUUCCCACCCGCGACAUAUCUUAUGCCUCGUUUUCCGAUUCCAAGGAAAAGAUCCAAAGCCCCCAACAAAUAUACGAACCUUUCACCUACUCUCCCUCGACCCCGAAACACGAUUAUAGUCACCAGUCUCUCGUUAUCGAGCGAUCCGCCUUGCAGCUGUAUGGAGCAACACACGAUAACAGCCCGCCACCAUAUGAGCCGAUUGCAGCUUCGUCAAACUCCCGUGUCGUGGGCCGCCUCAAGACCGCAGCAUGCCCGUUGCUUGUGGGCUCCGUCAAGGACUCGCAUGUCUCCGUGUUGGUCGAGUUCAUGCCUAUGAUUGUGGACUCCCAAGCAAGCUCAAAGAGCUCGCGACUCCAGAAACUGCAGAACUCACUAGACCAGUUGCUCCAGAAUGCCAGAGUCGGCCACCUGGGUCUUCUGAGAUUCCUGGGUUACUGUGUCGAUGACCCUAAUGCCCGCUAUGCCUUCUUAUAUCAAAUGCCCGUCGAUUAUUUCCCUUUCCUACAAAACCCUAGCGACCUCUUGAAAGAGCUCAAGCCCAUCCCUCUGGUUGCCCUACUCCCAUCGGCCGAAGACUACCGCGAGAAGCGGAUGCCCAAUUUGGAGACGCGUUUCCGGCUAGCCUACGACCUUAUGAUGUCUGUUCUGCACCUGAGAAGCCAGAAUGCCGUGCAUGGCAACAUCAACAGCAGCAAUAUCAUCUUCUUCCCUGGUCGAACCGAUGCUAGUAAUGACGAACGGGGUCUGGCCCCAGAUAUGCGCCGUCCUUACUUGACUUCGCCAGCGCGCUUCUCUGGUGAUGGACAUACUCCCGAGCCAUUAUCCACAGCGAUGUAUCGCCAUCCCGAUGAUAAGAGAUCCGUUGAAGACGAGGCCGCUUGGGCUUAUGACCUCUACUCGCUCGGUCUUGUCCUGCUGGAGAUUGGUCUGUGGGCUCCCAUUGGCCGGCUCUGGAAGAUGAAGUAUGAUCGCUCAUGGUUCAAGCAUCGCGUUGAAGAUCUCUACGUGAAGAAGCUUGGUCCAAAGUGUGGAAAUGCAUAUCUCCAGGUCGUUCAGCUUUGCCUCGACGCACCCAACUUCCACCUCUCGACCCAACCCAUGACCGAUCUCAACCUUCGUGUGCCCCAGAUCUACCAUUACCCCGUUCUCGACCUGUCCGACCCGGACGGCACAUUCUCUUUCUCGAUGAACUUCCUUUACACAAUUUGCAAGGUUCUUUGGUCAUGUACACGGAUUGAUAUCUUCUCAGCACCACCGGCAGAAGAACUGGAUGAUUCUCUGCCCUUGGCACUUGUUCCAACUCCAGAACCUACGCCUGCCGAAGAAAAGGCCAAUCCCUACACACUUUCCCAUGAACCGAUGAACCUGGAUAAGCAGCUACCAUCCACCCCGAAUAAUCAAUGGGGAAUUCAACCCGAAGAGAGAAGCUUGGAGAAGCCGGCCAAAAAACGGACCGUCAAGCGUCUCCCUCAUCUCGAUAUUCCCGAUGAACAUCUCCAAGAAUGGAACUUCCAGAUGAUGCCUCGCCUUAGCCGACUUCUACAGAAGAUCCUCAAAGAGUCUGACGAGUCCGCUGGUGCGACUCUGAUGAUGACCGGAGAAUCUCCAGAGACUGCGAAGACCACAAUCUGCGUGACCUGUGGUAGCGUUAAGAAAGUCCGAUCGGCUUUGAAGAAGCACUUCCCUCUGGACCGCGAUGACUGGGAUCUCAUCGUCCUCCGUGGUGAUAUUGAGCGAUCGAAGGUCCCCCGCACUAAGCGUCGCAGACCCGCCAAGACUCGCCCAAACGGAUCGAACGAGGUUCCUUUUCGUCAGCGUGAAUUGAACCCCUGUUAUCAACAACGGCCUCUUUGCGGUGCAUCGAUUGGAGCUUUUCAGAAUGAGGAACACCUGCCUCCAGUCUCUUACGGAGGUGCCGUUCUCGUUGAUGGCCAACCCUAUGGUCUGACAGUCCACCACAUGCUCGAGGCUCCAAGUGAUGACGAGGGUCCUGGAGAUGAUGAGCUCGAGGCGCCCUUGCGUUCUGCGGGCAACUGGCCUCGGGACACCUCUCGAGACGCGUCCAGCGUUAGCAACCAGGAUUUUAUGUACUCUUGGCGCGAGGAUGAACCAUCAGAAAUCAAUCUAGACCUUGAGAUCUCGGAUCAAGAAGACGAUGAUGCAUCUUUCUCGCAGGGUGCCGAUGGUGGCCUUGAUGAAUAUUGGUUAUCUGAGGAUGAAUCCUCGGACGAAGAGUCUAUCGAGGGUGCCGAUAACGAUGACGACGACGACGCUGCCUCGGUCGGUGAUACUGCUGGUGUCGAGCCGGGGGAAGAGCCGCGGCUGCUCGUCACGCAGCCAGCCAUCGAUGAUGUUCACGAUGACUUCUUCCCAACCCCUGAAGACCGUGACGACGAACAUCUUGCUUCACACUCCCUUGGCUACAUUCACGCCUCCUCUGGUCAGAGGCGCUGGACACGUAAGGGAAUGAAACAUGAGAUUGAUUGGGCUCUUAUCAAAGUCGACGAGAACCGCAUGGAUCCUCGCAACAUCGUCGUCGACACCACUACUACCCUUCCUGGCCGGCCCGGUUUCGGACGGGGUCAACCACAACCGAUCUUUCUCAACCAAGUCGCUCGUAUGGAGGAACUAGGUGGUUUAUUGGUGCACUGCUGCGGCCGCACAAGCGGGCUGCAGACUGGACAGAUAUCCAAAGCAAUGACGUUGGUCAAGCUGCAUGGCCGACACUCUUUUUCGACGAGUUUUUGCGUCAACGGGAACUUUGGAGCCCCCGGUGACUCCGGCGCAUGGGUUUUCGAUAGAUCUACCGGCCGUGUGUGCGGCCACGUCCUCGCUUGGUCCGCCCGCUCCAACACAACAUACAUCUCGCCCAUGGAAGUCACCUUCGAAGACAUCGCCCGCACCCUCAACGCCUCCCUCGUCUCUCUUCCCGGCGACCCCUCCCGCGGCAUGGGCUACGCCGGCUUGACCUACCCUCAUCCCCAUCCCGGCGGAUACAGCUACCAGACCCAACAGCUACCGGGAGAUUUCAACCGUCUAGCUGUUGGAGGUAUACCCCAAGGUCCGCCGGCCAUCCCUCCACAUCCCCUCGCACACCCACGCCCGCACCACCCUGGGGCCUUCAUGCGUCCUCCACCCCCGCCUCCGCCGCCGCCCCGUCCGGGGUCCCAGGAAGCACAUGUGUUUCGGGCUGUGAGUCCGAUUCCGCCGUCUUUGUUGACGGGGCCGAGGAAUAUCGAGAGGCAACUUGCCUAA